AUGUAUUUUACUGACCCUGCAACUCCAUUGGUCACUCAACUACGCAUGAAAAGCCUUUGAAAUCAUCCAUUCGGAAUGAACUUGAAUUAUGUUCCAUUAUUAUUUCAUUUCAAAGUUUCCUUCCAUUACUGUUGAUUUGUUUUUAAUUCUGGUUUAUUCACAAUUCAAUCCAAGAUGUCUCUCAUUGAAGAAGCUCGUUGUCUGGAAAAGGCUUUAUUUCAAAGUGGUAACAAUAACCAUCUCAUUGUUGAUAUCUUGACUAGAUUAAACUCAAACCAACGUUUGAUUCUCAACUCAAGUUAUAGACAAAUUUUUCAUCAUGACCUAAUCGAAGACAUUCAAGCUGAACUUGGUGGAUUAUUUGAAGAUGCUUGUGUCGCUCUGCUCAAACCUUACACCGAAUUAGCUUGUGAUAUAAUUUAUCAAUCACUCGUGGGAGAUAAAUUUACUCUAUUGCCUAUCAUUGAUGUCUUCUUCACCCACAAUAAUGACCAGCUAAACUUGAUUCGGCAACAAUUCAUUCAAAAAUAUGGUGACGAUAUGAAUGAAUAUUUGAUUAAUAUUCCUGAUGCUAACUUAUUCAAAAUAACCGCUCGCAUAUUGAAUAUUGAGAGGGAAACAACUGACCAUGUUGAUUUGUAUUUGGCUUAUGAAGAAGUUGAUCAAUUGAACUCUUCAGGCCUUGGACUUUCUUGGACUCGUCAAAAUGAAUUUUUGGAUCUACUCUGUACUCGCAAUUUCAACCAACUUCAAUUGACUUUACAAAUUUAUGAACGAGUUACUGGUGAUAAACUUGAAGAUGAUAUCAGACGUUACUUUGAUGGUGAUCUCCAUGACAUUUUCUCAGCAAUCGUCUCUUGUAUUCGAUGCCCGGUUGAUUACUUUGCUGAAAGGAUUCGCGGCUGUUUAAAGGCAGGGAACAAUGAUCAAAAUAUUAUCAACAUCUUCGUCACUCGCUCAGAGAUUGACUUACCAGAAAUUAGUCGUCGAUACACAAGCUUAUUCAGAAAGCAAUUGAAAGAUGAAAUCCGGACAUCAAUGAGAGGCGAUUUCCGAAAGCUUUUAUUAGCUUUGAUUCGUGCCUCAGAUGGAAACUCAUGAUAGGAUCAACCUUGAACUUAUUGAAUCAGUAAUAUUAUGUUUUCCCCUCCGAUAAAUUACCAGCUAAAAUCAAGAUACAUACAAUUUUCAUCAAAUUGUAUGUUUUCAUGUACUCUGCGUGUAAGUAAAUUUUUAGUCGUAAAAUUUACUUCAUAUUUAUGACCUGAACAGUGUAAUAGAAUAGCAGAAGAAAUGAGUCUCAAGUUAACUAAACACCGGUUGAUUGUGCAAAUUAAUCAAAUCACAAGGUUGUAAUUGUUAGUCAACUAUUGUGUUUGUUUUGUCUCUAGUUAAUCAAGGUUCAAUUGUAAUCAAAAACAGAAGAGGAUAUUCCCCAAUAAACAAUAACAACCUAAAAAUGCUUAUUUUGAUUCAGCUCUAAAUUCAUCAGCAGGGUUCAGUAUGGAAGGUUAUCAAUUUGUUCAUUGAACGUUAACAACAAGUAUGAAUAAACCUUGUUUCAAGAUUAAUCAUUAAUGAUUAUUAGGCCCAAUAAUGUAAAUGAUGUUGAUAGAUUUACCUUUUGUUGUUUAAUUUUUAUCACAGUCAUGUUUUCCCAUAAGGUCAUGUUUAAGCAAAAAUCAACAUUUAUGUAUUUUUAUGAGUAAAAAUGAAUGUUUCAUUUUUAACGGAAUAAAAAUGUGAAGC